AUGUUGUCGGAAAGCGAUUACGGUGCAAUUGUUUGCUGGGCCCAGUAUCUGGCGGAACGAGCGCACUACGGAAGCAACUCGACCAUCGAUCUCAGCCCCUACAGGCGAAGCCAGACUGUCCGAUUUAAUAACAACAAAGAGCUGUGGAGGAAGAAUAUAAACGUAGAGCAAUUUGAACGCAAGAUUGGCACAUCAAUGCCAAAUCGAAGAAAUGAGAAACAAAGGACCACAUACAGUUCCAGAAAUAUGGUGCGCGAGUUAGUACCACAGAAUGAAACUUUGGAAGAAAAGCACGAGGCUUUACAAAUCCAUUACAUUAAGGAGAUGUACAGAGAUGGAGGCGAUACUGAGCAAAAUCAGGCAACUGAAAAUGAAACAAAACUCGUUGAUCAUAUAUUUACAAAAGCUUUUUAG